AUGCUUCUAGAUUACCUGCAGCACCGCCGUGAUUGCCGGUUCAAGCAGGAUGAGCGUGUGCGUCGUAUUCGCGCCCUGACUGCCUACCAUGCUCCCUUUAGUCCAUUGGACCGGGAGAUCAUCAACAAGCCCAUUGAGGAGCUUGUCCAACAAGUACACGAGGAUCCGAGCAGGGCUGCGGACCUCCUUCGGACCUAUGGAAAGGUCGCGUUAAAAGCCCAUGAAAAGACCAACUGUGCUACUGAAGUUCUCAUUGAGGAUGCGGAAAAGUGGAUCAAGGACGGUUCCAUCAACCUCAAGGGUCCUCUUGCUGGCAUCCCCGUCAGCUUGAAGGACACCAUUGAUGUGAAGGACUAUGAUAGCUCCGUCGGCGUGACAUGUAAUGUUCACAAGCCCAAGACUGAAGAUGGUGUUACUGUCAAGCUGUUGAAGGAGCUUGGAGCUGUUCCCUAUAUCAAGACCAACAUCCCCAUCACACUCCUUAGCUUCGAGUCCUCCAACGAUCUGUGGGGUCGUUCUACCAAUCCUUACAACAGCAAGUACACUCCAGGUGGCUCUACUGGCGGCGAGGGUGCCCUUCUUGCUCUGGGUGGCCGAAUUGGUAUUGGUAGUGAUGUUGCUGGCAGUGUCCGAUGUCCCGCGCAUUUCUCUGGUAUCUACUCUCUCAAGUGCUCGACUGGUCGAUGGCCCAAGCUUGGCAUGACCACCAGCAUGCCCGGGCAGGACGGCAUUCCCGCCGUAUACAGCCCAAUGGCACGGACACUGAAUGAUCUCUUCUACUUUACACGCGCUGUCCUCGAAAAGGGCACAUUUAACUACGAUUACUCCUGUCACCCUAUCCCUUGGAGAGCAGAUGUUGUCGAAGAGUACAGAAAGAAGAAGGUUAUGCGAGUCGGCGUUUUGCGAACAGACGGCGUUGUUGACCCCAGCCCGGCUUGCAACCGGGCUUUGGAGAUGACCGAGGCUGCUCUUCGUCGAGCAGGCCACGAGAUCGUCGAAAUGAACCCGCCCGAGCCCUAUGAAGCGCUAUAUCUGGCUUCCCGUCUCCUAUGUGCCGACGGUCUUGAUACCGUUGGCGGAUUCUUCAGGACUGGCGAGUGGAACGACCGAGGUGUAGCUCAGAUGCGAUUCUACGCGAAGCUUCCUAGACCCGUCAAGUACUUGUACUACCUCUGGGUUCGAUACAUCCGCCGCGAUAUACCGUGGGCUGGUCUGCUUCGUGACUGGCAUCACACUACCACUGCGGAAUACUGGGCGCUCAUUGGGCGCAGAGAAGCUUACAAGAGAAAGUGGUGGGAAUACUGGCAAGCAACCAACCUGGAUUUUAUCAUCGCGCCACCCAAUGCCACACCUGCCCUUCCUCAUGACGGUAUGCAUGAUGCUGUCAGCAGUUGCGGUUAUACGUUUAUGUUCAAUUUGCUCGACUAUAGUGCCGGCGUUAUCCCCGUCACACAUGUAGAUAAGGCCAAGGACCAACUGCCCGCAGGCUUCAACAUUCGCAAGCUGAACGGCAUUGCCCGCGGUGCUUACAAGCUGUAUGACGCGAACGACAUGCAUGGGCUCCCUGUCGGCGUCCAGGUCAUUGGAAGGAGGUUAGAAGAAGAGAAGGUUCUCACUUUGAUGGAGCGCGUAGAGGAUGCUCUCGGGGACGACAAGUUCAAGUUACUGGAGGUUGAUUGA